AGAGUGAGGUGAGGCGGCGCUGAGAAAGGCCGUAGGAUUUCUUGUCCUUGUUGACUGAUAUCACUCAAAUUAUUCUAAGGAGUGAUUUAAGACACACGAUAGAUAUAUCUAGAUCUAUCCAGUUAUGUAGUUAAACUAGGGUUUCUAUUCACACAAAUAGGAUUAUAAUGAUAUAGAUAUUAAACAUAUAAUGGAUAUUCUAAAACUCAAACAAUAAGAAUAGUUGAUCAACUUUCCUAUUUUUAGACUAUUUAUCGCCGGAUCUAUAACCUCAGUUGUCGCUCGUUGGUCAUGAGAAAGUGUCGAUUGAUGCCAAUAAUAGGGUGUCAAUCGAUACACCUUUAAACAGGGGCAGAGCUAGUUAAGAGGGAGUAGGGUCAGCUAACCCCACUAGAGUUCUAUAAAUAUUGUAAUUAGUAAGGAAAUGUGAAAUGUUAUAUUGGUUUUGUUGGUAAAUGACCCCCUUUAAUUAUCUUGUUUGACACCCCCAUUAAAGUUCGAUUCUUCUUACAAUUGAAUUGUUGAUCGUUAUAGUGAGUGCAUUCUUUCCUUUUUCUAUUUCUUUGAUAUCUUUUUAUUGCAUGAUGUAUCUUUAUGACGAUUUCUUAUUUCAUAUCUUCUGUUAAUAAUAUUUUCUUUUAUGAUAAUGUACUGUAUAGUUGUCAAAACAUAAUUUAUUUAAUUACUUUCUUUUUCUUUCAUCAGUUACUUUCUCUAAAAAAUAUUUUAAAUAAAUUAAGCAAAUUAAUGAAAUAAAAAUUAUCAUACAACAUGAAAUUUAUAUAAAUAGUAAUUUAUUACCAUUUAAAUUAUUAUUUUUUUGUAUACAUAAUUAUUUUGCAUUUAAUUUUUGUAAUUUAUUAAAUAUUUAUUUAAUAUAUAUUUUAUUAUUUAAUUUAUGACCCCUGUAAAAUAUGUUUCUGGUUCCGCCACUGCCUUUAAGCCCGUCGAUCGAUACAAAUGAUAAAUUGUCGAUCGAUGAACCUUCCAUGGAGCGUUAUGGCACGGGUUUGACGUGUUCACUAGGUUUAACUAAAUCAGCUUCCGCUUGUUUCUAGCAAUCGUAGCACAAUCUAAAGUAAUUCAGACAGAGAACCAAGCUUCCGCUUGCGCCCUAAUAUUUAUAGGCUAGUUAGCUACUUUAGAACACAUGCAUUAAGAACAAUUUAGUUGAUUUAUAUUCUAACACUUAGCAAUCCUAUAUUUUGGGCUAAUCCCUUAUGAGUAUCUGAACCCUAAAUCUAACAAAGAGAACUACUGAGACAUAGUUAAGCAAUUCAUAACAACAAGAUAUAAAAACUGCAUAAAUGGAAUCGAAUAGAAAACUAAAGUUCCAAUCACACAUCUCUGAAGGAGUUCUUGGAUCUUCUCUUCAAACCUAAGAUUCUAAGUAUUUUGCUGUAUGAAAGUAAGAAAAGUGUGUAUUGCUUAGAAUAAUGGCAGAGCACAUAAAUAUUAGGCUAAAACUCGUUAGGGGUAAUCUAGUAGUUCUUGUGGGACUUGGGCUUAAAGUCGGCUGGAACUAUUAUGGCCUCUGUGCGCUUCACCAUCGAUCGACAAGACAGAGUGUGUAUCGAUCGAUUAUCAUCCUUGAUCAUCGAUCGCUAGGCUGGUUGAUGGUCAGAUGCGGGUCUUUAUCAUUUUAUCUCCAAAAUACACCAAAAUCACUAUUUUCACCAAAUCACUCUAAAACCUAAAAAUCUACUAAACAGACUCCAAAAUAACUAAUAUGUAUUUAAAAACACUUAUAUAUCAUGACUAAAAAUAUGUAAAAUCUAUGAUAUAUCAUUGAGUUUCCAGAGGAUGAUUGACCUGAUGCGCGACGAAGUGACGGUCACGUUAAUAACAAUAAAUGUAUAUCUCGAUUAAUACACAAUUCGUAACCAAUACUAACCCAGCUUUUCAUAAAAAUCCGAAAGAACCACAAGCGAUCUUCACACCUCAAUCGUCACUUAGAGUUUAAGAAAAGAGAAGCAACAAUAAUUUCGAAUUCUCUGAAUAAUGAAAUGUUUCUAAUAAAGGACUUAUUUAAACGAGAUAUUUUGUUGUGUCCAUUGCUUGAAACGACGUCAUUGCUACUUAACGUAAACGAAGAAUUUGCUUGCUUCUUAUUUCAAACUCACUUCACUCUUCUACUCUUCCCUCCUUUCCUGUAUCACAUGUCUGAGUUGUCGACAGGCGUGGCGAUGGUAGUGACCAUAUCGGGUGUUAGCGCACAUUAUGCUUUUCAACACGAGCCCUUCAACCAUGGUUUAAGGUUUAUUCUUCCGUCUUCAAAGAGAGGCGACAACAUCAUGAAAGAGUAAAAUGUAUUAUUACUUUAAAAAUAAAUUAUUUCUAAAUUUGAUUUUUUAAUUAGUUUUGAAUAAGAAAUUAUUUGUUUACACAAUCAUAUGUAUUUGCUAACUAGGUGUUUUAUCCACAUAUGCAUACAUAAUAUUUUUAUAAUUAAUUAUUAAUACAUACAAUACUAAUUAAAAGACUAUAAUGAUUGGUUAUUUUUUUUAUUUUUGCUUGAAAAUUCUCAUGUAUUAUAAAUAUUUAAAAAUUAUUUUUACACUAUAUUCAUUAUUCGUAAAUAAAUCUUUAAAAUUACUCAAUAUAGUUUUUUUAUUUAUAGAAAAUUAAGAAUUUUACCUGACGAAUUUUCAGAUAUUAGGUAUAGCAGUUAAAAUCGUUGUUACCUUUAGUUAAGGGUGUCAAAAUAGGUAAACCAACUCAAACCAAUCUAUACCCAAAUAGAUAGAGCAGUUUAUUGAUCAUAAGUUAAUUCAACUCAUUAACUAAAUGAUUUGGGUCAAACCAUAACCCAUAUAAAUUAAUGAGUUGGUGGUUUUAAUGGGUUGACCCAUCAAACAAAUAAGCUUAAUAUAUCACAAUCGAUUCAAAGAAUCAGGCUUCUGAAAGUUUUGAACCAUAGCAAAUGAGAAGUGACACAAUAAAUAGAGUUCAAGAAAACUGAAGCUAUGAACAAGUGUUCCACAAAACACAUAAAGGCUGUUGAUACCUGUCAGCGUAAAGAACGUCUAUUAGAACUAUGAAGAGACAAAGUCAAAGAAUACUCUUCCUGUUGGAUCUAUUAAUAAGCCAUUAGGCUUUAAUGAAAACUGUGAAAACAAAUGAUUUGGGCUCUGUGUUUAACAGCUCAAAAAACAUUAAUAAUGAGACAAAGGGACUUGUCCCACAUCAGUGGGAACAAGAGGAAGAGAGCUGUUUAUAUAUGGUCACUUGAUAUCAUGUGUUAAACAGCUUGGAGAGAGAGGAAGCCUCCCUAUACGCGCCGCUACCGCCGUCCGGCCGGCUCGGUGUGGGCUUGCUCUUGGUGGAGGGCUUUCGAUCCAAUAAGAUUCUUUUUGAACCAAUUUAAGCUCAACGAUUUGCGGAUUGCUUAGUCUAUACAAAACGGCAAAACGUUUUUUCAGACUAAUAUCGAUAUGAUUUGGUUCAAACACCAAAAAUGACCAUCGGUUUAAAACUAUUAUUUUUUUUAAAAUAAUAUGUUAUGUGUUAAAUGGAGUACUGAUUCGCCUUCAUGUUUUUUUCUCUACAGGAAAAACAAUGACGAACGAUAACAACACCCCAACUAACACCACGAAUGUCAUCCGGACUCCACUCAACGUUGCAGCAACUGAUGCAACUGACUUGACAACCGCUGGAACCAACACAGCGUCAACCGGUGCAGCAACAACAACAACUACCCUUCCAGUGGGUAAUGCUGCUGAUGAAACCAUACGCCGUAGCCUAUUUGGUGCUGGUCUUUAUCAGACGGGUUCAGUUUCAGGAACCGCAAGUGCUCUGGUGGCAGUUCAAACUCCUCCGUCUGUACCUAGCAUGUUCACUCAAGGACUGAUGCCAGACAAAUUUGAUGGCAAAAGCUUCAAAACGUGGCAGAAGAAGAUGAUGUUCUUCCUGACAACGAUGAAGCUGGACAAGUUCAUCCACGAGGACAAGCCCCUUCUUCCAUACGUGAUUGAUGAUGUGCACAGUCUCGCAACUGUUGACAUAUGGGUGCAUGCCGACUUCAUCUGCAAAUAUUACAUUUUGGGUCGCCUCAUUGACCCAUUGUACCGUGUAUACUGUGAGAUCCCCACGGUUAAAGAGUUAUGAAGAUCACUGGACAAGAAGUACAGAGGCGAGGACGCUGGCUGCCAGAAGUAUGUGGUCUCAAAAUUCCACGACUUCAAAAUGGUGGAUUCAAAAUCCAUCAUGGAUCAGGUGGAAGCGUUUCAGUUCAUUUGCCAUGAAAUCGCUGUUGAAGGGAUGUCCAUCUGCGAGACAUUCAGAACUCUCAGCUUCAUUGAAAAGCUUCCUCCAAGCUAUGCAGAUUUCAAGAACUACUUGAAGCACAAGAAGAAGAAGAUGGGGCUCGAGGAGCUCAUAAUGAGGCUUCAGAUGGAAUCCAGAAAUGAACUGCUGACAAGGUCACUCUAAGGAGCAUAGUGUCAACAUGGCUGAGCACAAAGGCAAAAGAAAGGCACACGCCCAUUCUCCUGCCAAACCCUAAAAAACUGAUGCAGUCCUGAAAGCUUCUGAAAAAAACUUCAAGAACAAAGGCAUUAAAAUCAAUGCGAACGUGGAGAAGUUCAAGUGGAAGUGUCACUACUGCCAUAAAGUGGGACACAAGACUGCUGAGUGUCGCAGCAAGAUCAGAGAUGAGAAGCAUCAAGCGAAUCUCACUGAGGAGGAUCACGUUGCAAUGGUGACUGAGGUGAACAUGGUUGAAGGAAGCAACCCCAAGGAAUGGUGGUAUGACACAUGAGUAACCACCCACAUUUGCACUGAUAGGGCGAUGUUCAACACUUAUCAGAAAAGCAAGAUUCAGGAGAAGUUGUUCAUGGGAGACACUGCAGUCUCCAAAAUUGAAGGCCACGGCAAUGUGGUUUUGAAGAUGACAUCUGGACGUGAAGUCACUAUGACGAAUGUGAAGCAUGUGCCUGACAUGAGGAAGAACUUGGUCUCGGGACCUUGCUCAACAAGAAUGGAUUCGCCACAAGUCUUGAGGUGGACAAGCUCGUGAUUAAGAAGAAUGGGAUGUAUUUAGGAAAGGGGUAUGUUAAAGGGGCUUGUCAAGAUGAAUGUAAUGACAGUCCCUCCGAAAGUUGUAGCUCCAAAUGUUUCAAUGAAUAAGAAGCCAAUUGCUUAUUUUGUGAGUCUUUUAAUAUAUGGCAUGAAAGAUUAGGCCAUGUAAACUACAAAUCUAUACAAAGAUUAAUGAAUUUAAAUCUAAUUCCUAAAUGCAAAACAAGUAAACAAAAAUGUGAAGUAUGCGUACAUGCUAAGCUCACAAAAACGCCAUCACCUCGUGUUGAAAGAACUAACAAAUCUCUAGAGUUAAUUCACACCGACUUAUGUGAUUUAAAAUACAUACAAACUAGAGGUGGAAAAAAGUACUUUGUGACCUUCAUUUAUGAUUGCACAAAAUAUUGUUAUGUAUACUUGUUACAUAGCAAAGAUGAAACCUUAGAAAAAUUUACAAAAAUUUAAACUCGAGGUCGAAAUCAGAUUAAAACAACUAUUAAAGUAGUUAGAAGCGACAAAGGAGGCGAGUAUGAUGGUCCAUUCAAUGCAUUUUGUAAACAACAUGAAAUAAUCCAGCAAACUACAGCUCCUUACUCACCAGAAUGUUGAACGCAAAAAUUGAACUCUAAAAGAGAUGAUGAAUGCAAUGUUGCAGGAAUCUAGGUUACCCCAGAAUAUGUGGGGGGGGGGGGGGAACUGUUGCUUACCACUAAUUAUAUCCUCAACAAAAUUCAACAAAAAGUAACUGGUAAAACUUCAUAUGAAUUAUGGAAAGGUAAUUUACCCUCGUAAAAAACCUUAAAGUGUGGGGGUGCUUGGCAAUAGUUGCGGUACCACCACCAAAAAAGGUCACUAUUGGCCUUAAAACAGUGGAUUGCAUAUUCAUCGGAUAUGCACAUAACAGUAAUGCUUAUCUAUUUCUGGUACAAAAAUUUGAAAUAUCAGAAUUUCAUGCAAAACAGUAUGGAAUCAAGAAAUGCAUCUUUCUUUGAAAAUAUUUUUUCAUAUAAGGAAAAUCAAGGUUCAAAACGAACUCGAGAAGAAAGAGACAAUGAAAAGAACUCAGAAACUAAGACAAUCGUCGAUAUUUCUAUAAUUGAUAUUUCAGAAAAUGAAGAAAAAGAUGAAUCUCGAAGAAGCAAAAGAGCUCGAAAGGAAAAAUCUUUUGGUCAAGAUUUCCUAAUGGAAUUUUUAGUAGAAAAUGUUCCAAAAACUUUGGCAGAAGCCAUGGCUUCACCUGAAACUCCAUUUUGGAACGAAGCUGUCAGGAGUGAAUUUGAUUCUAUCAUGCAAAAUUAUACAUGGUACAUAAUAGAUUUACCAUCUGGCUGCAAAGCAUUAGGAAAUAAAAGGAUAAUGACACGAAAACCUGGUGGAAAAUACAAACCUAGGCUUGUCGUUCAAGGUUUCCGACAAAUGGAAGGCUUUGACUAAUUUGAUACAUAUUCUCUAGUAACGAGAAUAACAUCAAUACGACUGAUGAUAGCAAUCGCAGCCUUAAGAGCCUAGAAAUCCAUCAAAUGGAUGUAAAAAACACUUUUCUAAAUAGUGAUUUAGAAGAGGAAAUUUACAUGAAACAACCUGAAGGUUUUGUCAUUCCCGGACAGGAAGACAAAGUAUACCGACUUGUGAAGUUACUUUAUGGGCUUAAACAAGCUCCUAAACAAUAGCACGAAAAAUUUGACAAUACAAUGAUGUCAAAUAGUUUCAAAAUAAAUAAAUGUGAUAAAUGCAUAUACUACAAAACAACCAAAAAUGUGUAUGUUUUGCUAUGUCUAUACGUAGAUGAUAUGCUCAUUAUUGGAAGCAAUAAAAACAUUAUCCGUCAAACAAAAAACAUGCUCAAAGGAACAUUUGAGAUGAAAGACUUGGGAUUAGCAUAUGUAAUUCUCGGGGUUAAAGUCACAAGAAAUUCAAACAGAAUUACCUUAACCCAAUCUUAUAAUGCUCAAACAAUAUUAGAGAGAUUUAAAAAUUACUCUAAAAGUACGGCAAAAACUCCGUUAGAUCCUCAAAUGCACGUGACAAAGAAUUUAGGUGGAGCAGUUUCACAAAACGAGUAUGCACGUGUGAUCGGAAGUCUCAUGUACUUGACUAAUUGUACGAGACUAGAUCUAGCGCAUGCAAGAAACGCACUUAGUCGAUAUACAAGUAACCCAUGUCAUACACACUGGAAAGCUAUAACGAGAGUACUUAAUUACUUGCGCUACACCAAAGAUUUUGGGCUUCACUAUGGUAAAGAACCAACAAGUUUAGAAGGAUUCAGUGACGCUAACUGGAUAUCAGAUUCUAAAAAUUUAAAAUCCACAAGUGGAUAUGUCUUUACACUAGGAAGAGCAGCAAUAUUAUGAAAAUCUACCAAACAAACAGUGUUAGCCAGAUCCACCAUGGAAUCUGAGUUCAUAGCCUUAGACAAAGCAGCAGAAGAAGCUGAAUGACUUAGAAUUUUUUUGGAAGAUAUUCCUAUAUGGGAGAAACCUGUGCCAGCUCUACACAUAAAUUGUGAUAGUCAAUCAGCUAUAGCUUGGGCUCAGAGUAAUCUCUACAAUGGUAAAUCUCGUCACAUCAGAAGACGACAUAAAACCAUUAGACAACUUAUUUCAACUGGUGUAAUCACAAUAUACUAAACCAAAUCGACUGACAACCUAGCGGAUUCAUUUACAAAAGGUUUGCCACAAGAUGUUGUUGCUAAAUCAUCAAAAUGAAUGGGUUUAAAGCCUAUAACGAAUGAGGAUGCUUGAUUACAACCCUACCUAUCAUGACUGGAGAUCCCAAGAUGUAGGUUCAAAGAAAAAACAAAAUCAAACUGAAUCUAACCAAAAGCACUUGAGAGAAAGUAGUCUCUUCCCAGCUCCUAAGAUGAUAAAAGUGCUAACAAAUGUGAGAAGGAUAAGCAUAAGUUUUUAAUGAUUCCAUAGCUUCCAAAACGGAGUAUUACUCAACACUUUUCAUCGUCAAUCACCUAAUGAGUGUGAAAUGGGGCGGUUUCUAGGAGAAUGAAUGCAAGGCUAUAUUCUGUAAGUUCACUCAUGAAAACUAGGAAUAGUUCAGGGCCACAAUGAACACAAUAGAUAACUAACUUCUACAAGAAAAUGAAGCUGCGUUAUGCAUGUUGUCUCGGUCUACAUAAUACACCGGUUGGUUCAAGACAUCAUGUUCACCUUCUGGUAAAGAAAACCCGACAUAUAUUAACUAUGAGUGGUUAAAGACUUAAAAAUGCCACCAACUCAAACACAAUGAAUUUUUCGCAAACACUCUCGAUAAGUUUGUCUAGUCUAGUCAAGAUUAGAAUAAGUAGAGUUUUUAGAGUCUAUCGAGUCUGCAUUUAGUCUGCAUAUGCUUAGAAGAGUCAUUUCUAUUCAUGUGGGAGAUUGUUGGAUCGAUUAAUAAGCCAUUAGGCUUUAAUGAAAAUUGUGAAAACAAAUUACUUUGGCCUGUGUGUUUAACAGCCCAAAAAACAUUAAUAAUGAGACAAAGGGACUUGUCCUACAUCGGUGGGAACAAGAGGAAGAGAGCUGUUUAUAUAUCAUGUGUUAAACAACUUGGAGAGAGAGGAAGGCUCGCCACGCGCGCGCCGCCGCCAUCUGGCCGACUCAUCUCAGCUCAGCUUGGUGUGGGCAUGGGCUUGGGCUUGGGCUUGGGCUUGGAUCUUGGGUCUUGGUGGAAGGCCUCUGGCCCAAUAAGAUUUUUUUAGACCAAUUUAAGCUCAACGUUUUGCCAUUCAUUUCGAAAAAAAAAACAACAUGCAAUUUUAUUUAAAACGACAAGCAAAUUGUCUAGAAAAUAAAAACGUCAUGCAUUUUAUCCUCUCGAAAGUUUUAAACGAGAUAAGAGAGAGUCAUGGGGAAUAAGUUUUGCAACUCAACUUCCCUCGAUCUCUGCGAGAUUCUCUCCCACGUGCAGCAACUGUUGCCAAAAGUGGGUUUUCUCAGUCUCUUUAAAUAUCGCCUCUUCUCUUCCUUCAUUUCUCAACUUUUUUCACAUCGAAACCAACAGUGAAAAUCCUUUAGUGUAAGUUAUAAAUACGAGAGUGUUUCGUAGAGUUUAUAGUUCGAUAGGGCGAUCAUGAGUGAAGCGUGAUUCGUCUGCCAUGGUUGUAUCCUGGGACUCUAUAUUUGUACAGUUCCGUGUCACUAACGGAACAAAUAUUUUGAGUUAAGGAAAGAGUUCAUAUCUCGAUUUUAUGUCUCUUUGUGAAUACGAUUUCUUAUCGUUCUUGUAUUCGUCUUUUACAUUCGUCUAUUUUCUUAACAUCGCUUGUAUUUUAUCGUUUAUUGCAGUCCGGUUUACCUGCUUCUACACUUCGAACCACAAAUAAAAUAAAGUUUGAAAGUUCACAAGUGUUUCUUCAUAAACUAGUCAAAUAGACCUUAUCAAUGAGCUUAUAUAAUGAAACGACAAAUCUGAAUGUCAACAAAGACAACAACUCUCAUACAGGAUAAUAUUUGAUCUCCUUGGUAGUGAAGAUAUCUGCAAAAGAGCAACAUUCAAAAUUCAUUCUACAAUCAAAAUAUCACAAAGAGACUCGGAAACUAAACAUGAAUAGCUUCAAUCAUCACUCAGGAAAAACAAAGGUACAGCAAAAAAUGACACAAUCCUUCCAUGAGAGUCACUUUCAAACCCAGAAAAAUUCACUUCAAAAUCGAUCCCAAAACAAAGGUACAUCAAACAAUGACCCAUAAGGUAAAACUGAAGAAAAAUAGAGUUUGACUCACAAGGAAGAUGAGUUGCUGUGCUGUGAUCGAUAACCCAAAAUCAAUGACCCAAAAGGGUUGAAUGGUGUCGUGAUCGAUGAUGAAGGUCUCGUGAGAUCGAGAAAGAGAGUAAAAAAUUAUGUGAAAAAAUUGGAUUGGAUUGGAUAACCCAUAAUACCCAUUUUGAUCCAAACCAAUAUUAAUCCAACUCACUAAACCCAUUAACUCAUAAAACCAUUUAUCCAUUAAUAACCAAACUGUUAACCCAUUAGAACCAUGGAUUGGUUUGGUUUGGGUCAAUUCAUUAAUUUCAACCUAUUUUGACACCCUUAUCCUUAAUAAAGAAUUAGAUUAUAUUAUUAAUUAUAAAUUAAUAUAAACAAUUAUCUGAAAAAUAAAAAUGAAUUUAAAAUAUUUGAUUAGAUAAGUGAUAAAAAUUUACAACAUAAUAUAAAUACGAAUUUAAUAUUCAGUUUUUAACUUGUUUAUUGAAAAAUAUUUUUCGGAACAAAACACUAUAAAUAAAAAUUUAUUUAUUUGUAUUUUAAAAUAUGCAGCUGUCAAAAAAAAAAUUUAAAAUAUGCAUUUUAAAUAAUAGUAUAGAUUUUUUUACAGAUUUUCUUUUCAUCAUUUUGUUGUAAACUAUUUGAUAUUUCAGAUAUUUAAGAAAUAUUCAAAUGAAUCCGGAUCUGCACUGAUAAAAAGUGUUGGCAUAUAUAUAUAUAUAUAUAUAUAUAUGCCAUUUCAUAUUUACCAAGUUAAUAUAAGAACUACGGAUAAACAACUUAUUUCUACACCAUAAAUAUCAUAUAGUAAUAAUUAUAUAUAAUUUUUAACCUGACAUAAUUCCAUACAUUUACAAAUAUCAUAAUCUAUUAUCCCCUAUCAGAAAAUUUAAAUCUGUAUGCAUGCAAACAAAGGUUUGACUUAGUUUUAAUGGUUCAGUACCAAAAUCGAUAUCAAACCAGUUGGAAUUAAAAUAUAAUUUUAAUCCGUACGAACCUGAGAUUCAACUACAAACCCGAUCCACCCUUUAAUAUAACUUUGGUAAAGCUAAACUAAUUCCUAAAUCGAUUUUUCUCCUUACAAACUCUAAAAUUGAAAACUCCAAAACCUUGUAAACCGACAGUAAACCGACAGUAAACCGCUUCGUCUGGUUUUUGUUUGUACCUUAAACUGAAGAUAAAUAAGUUUGAUUAGUUUUCGUUUAUGCAAUUAGAACAAGAUUGAAAUAUAGUGUGCAUUUGUUACUAAACUAUAUGAUAUUUAUGAUGCGUUUACCCCAAAAAAAGACUAAAUAAAAAGCAACUUUUAAUGAAAAAAAAUAAAAAGAAAUUUCUCUAAAACGAAAGAUAGAGAAAGUUAGUGAAUCAUAGUUUUCUUUGUGGCCACGGUUUUGCAGAUUCUAGUUUACGUUUAUAUUUAAUAAAUUUCAAUUCCAGUGGUUUUGAAUGAUUCAAAAAUGUAUAUCAAUAUUGGGGGAUAAUAGCGACAUGACUUAAAUGUAUAUAUUUUAUAAGAUGCCUUUUAUUUAUGUCAGCUAAUUCGUCAGUCUUUCCACGUAAAACCGUCUCCAAUUUUAUAUAGUUUGUAAAGCGACAGAAGAAAGUAUCAAAUAAGAAACCAAUAAAAUAACAAGUGUUAAAAUUAUAUAAUUAAUAAAACGAGAACCGUCCUCAUUAAGAAAUAACUCAUUAACAUUUAAAACCAUCAAGAAUCUUUGAGUUUUCUCUUCAAGAACAAGAUGAACGACCACAAAAAUUUACUCCAAGGGGGAAUGCAAGAAGAAAAUCGAGCAAAGAAACCAAUAUCCGUUUCGCCUACAAGGUCUCAGCUCGUGAUAGCAAACUCAAACGCAGAUCUAACAGGUCCAUCAGAGGUCGCGUUUAACGUUUGCUGCUUAUGCGUCUAUUGUCCUCUGUGCAUUCUCUGGUGCUGCAUCAAACUGCCUUGUGCAAUCGGAUGGCGAGCCAUCCAAAAAGCUGGACGCCACUUAAGUGGCUGCAGCGGCUGUGGCAGAAGCUUGAGCAUGAAGAUUAAGGCUACAGAUUAUUCUUCAUUUUCGGAUAUUGAUUCAGAUGAAGUGAAAUACAAAGCUCAUAGUCUUUUAAAACGAAUUGGCUGAAUUAAAAAAUUUAAACACUUUCAUAAACUCCCAAACUUCUCUCAUGCCUUUUUCUCUGAUCUGCGACUUGAUUGUCCUAAACGCGGACGCCAAAAGCUGGAGUUGACUUCUUAAUGACGAGUAGAUGAAGACGUUGUGAUAUACCAACGAUGUAUUAUGUAUAUAUUAUUUGAUAAUUUAGAGUUUGAAUAUGUUGUUGUGGUGGAUUAAAAAGAUAUAUGUAUUAUAUAUAUAUAUAUAUUACUUGGUUGUUAUAUAAAAGAACUUAGUUGUUAUAUUAGUUG